AUGGAAUAUGGUGGGUUUGGGAGCUUGUGGGAGUGUGGUUCAGUCUCAGAAGAAGACUUGAUCGAGGAGCUGCUGGUAGAAGGUUGCUGGGUGGAAACGAGUGGCGUUGGGAGCUGCGAGGGUCAGUACAUGGGAAGUUCAGAAGUGGAGGCGGAGGUGGAAGUGGGGAAGAGAUGGUGGAUUGGACCCAAGGGUAAUUCCUCCGUCAAAGAGAGAUUAGUGGUUGCAGUGGAGUAUCUAAGAGAAUACACAAAGAACACGAAUGCGCUGAUUCAGAUAUGGGUUCCCUUGCGGAGAGGCCUUGGGCCGGAGUACCUUAACAGAAAUCCAGACGAGUGGAACAAGACAAGGGACGUAAACCUUCGGUUCUUUAGAAGCCAUGAGUACCCGCGGCUUCCUUAUUAUGUGGACGUCCCUGGUUCUUUAGCCCUUCCUGUCUUGGAAAGAGGCACUGCCACAUGCCUCGGUGUAAUCCAGAUUGUGAUGCCUCCCUGCGACACCAUCAACCAUUCCCCACAACUUGUUACCAAUAAUAUUCUCUGCAAUUCUUUCCAGGAUUUGCAGGCAGAUGAUUUUAGAAGUUGUGAGAACGAGCUGGUUCAACCGAGUGUAAAGGUAUUUGAGGAGGUGUACGAAGCAGCAGUGAAUGAGAUGGUGGAGGUGUUGAGGUGCGUGUGCAGGGCGCAGAAGGUGGCAUUGGCUCUCACAUGGGCUCCGUGUUGCAUCCAAGAAGCAGGAAAGUGUGGGUACGGCCAUUCGACGGAGAAUUACUUGUCGACAGUGGACAGAGCGUGUUUUGUGGGGGACGCCCAAAUGCUGCCGUUCAAGGAGGCCUGCUCUCAGCAUCACCUUUUGCGGGGGCAGGGAAUCGUUGGCACAGCCUUCACAACAUCCAAGCCCUGUUUUGCGAUCGACAUAACCGCCUUCACCAAAACCCAAUAUCCCCUCGCCCAACACGCCAACAUCUUCGGCUUGCAUGCUGCCGUCGCCAUUCCUCUAAGGACCCUCUACACCGAUUUUGUCCUCGAGUUCUUCCUUCCUAAGGACUGCCGUGACAGGGAACACCAAAACCACUUCCUCAACUCCAUAUCCCUGCUCCUUCAGCAAGCUUGCCGGACCUUGCACGUCGUGACGGAGGAUGAGUUCACGUUGCCUCCACCACCACCACCACCACCGCAGCCUUUCAUGAGUAACAAAGAGGAAAUAGUUAUGAGUCAGAAAUCAGAAUCCCAGUCGCAGGUAGAAGCGUGUGGGUCGUGGAUUGCACAUAUGAUGGAGGCGCAGGCGCAGGCCCAGGAAGAAAAGGGGAAAGGAGUGUGCGUGACGUUGGAAUACCUGGAAGAGGCGAAAGAGGAGUUCAAAGUGACAAGGAAGUUGAAGUGGGAGAAUGGGAGUUGCAGUAAUUACGAGGCAGUAGAUGUGGGAGGGGAUGAAUCUGAAACUCAGACGUUUGGUGGUCGACGCGGGAGAAGGUCAGGGGAGAAGAGACGGACGAAGGCGGAGAAGAGUAUCAGCUUGCCUGUUCUCAGACAGUACUUUGCCGGAAGCCUUAAGGAUGCCGCAAAGAGCAUCGGAGUGUGUCCGACAACUCUGAAAAGGAUAUGCAGACAGCACGGCAUCACGAGGUGGCCUUCGAGGAAAAUAAAGAAGGUGGGGCACUCUUUGAAGAAGCUUCAGCUUGUCAUCGAUUCGGUCCAGGGUGCCGAGGGUGCCAUCCAGAUCGGUUCCUUCUACAACAGUUUUCCGGAGUUGAGCUCCGCCACUUCUCAGUCUUCCAAGAGCAAGAACAUUAGCAGCAGCAACAACAACACCACCACCACCAUCAACUCCUUGGAUGCAUCCUCCUCUCCUUCCACCGUGGUUCCUCUACAGCAGCAGUAUUUAUGUUGUAACAGUGCACCUCUGAGGGUGAAGGCUACUUUUGGGGAUGAAAAGAUCCGUUUCAGCCUGCAAGAAAAGUGGGGGUUCAGAGAUUUGAAGGUUGAGAUUGGAAGGCGUUUCAACGUAAAGGAUGUGGGGAAGGUGGUUGUGAAGUAUUUGGAUGACGAAGGAGAGUGGGUUGUUUUAGCGUGCGAUGGUGAUCUUGAGGAGUGUAAAGACUUGCACACAACCUAUGAGAGCCACACUAUUAGACUCGCCCUAUUUCAACUCUCCCCUUCCCCUUCUCCUUAA